GGAUGAGAUCUCAACAUGAAGAACUCUAAUAGCUCUUUGGAGUUCUUACCUACAACGUUCAUUCUGACUGGCAUCCCAGGGCUGGAGGCAGAGCACCUCUGGAUAUCCAUCCCCUUCUGCCUGAUGUACAUUAUCAUCUUCCUUGGGAAUGGCACCAUCCUUCAUGUCAUCAGAACAGACACUGCCCUACACCAGCCCAUGUACCUCCUUCUUGCCAUGUUGGCACUGGCUGAGGUUGGUGUCUCUGCAUCUACUCUGCCUACGGUGCUAGGCAUCUUCCUUUUUGGCAUCACUGAGAUUAGUUUUGAUGUAUGCCUUUUUCAGAUGUUUUUCGUCCAUUCGUUCUCCAUUAUGGAGUCAGCUGUGUUGCUGGCCAUGUCUGUGGACCAAUUUGUGGCCAUCUAUAGCCCACUGCGCUAUACAGCCAUUCUAACCCUGCCCCGUAUCUUUGGCACAGGAGCUGUCAUGGGGCUGAAAAGCAUUAUGCUCAUGGCCCCAUUGCCCAUGCUGUUAAGGCACCUGCCCUUCUGUGGCCACAACGUCCUCUCCCAUUCCUAUUGCCUCCACCCCAACCUUAUCCAUCUACCUUGCGGGGACAUUUCUAUCAACAAUAUCUAUGGGCUUUUCAUUGUUACCUCCACUUUUGGGCUGGAUUCACUGCUUAUUGUCAUCUCCUAUGGGCUCAUACUCCACACUGUACUGAGUAUCACCACUGGGGAGGGGCGGAGGAAGGCACUCAACACAUGUGGCUCACAUAUCUGUGCUGUGCUCGCUUACUAUGUGCUUAUGAUUGGCUUAUCUAUGGUGCACCGCUUUGGACACCACGUGUCCCCUUGGCUGCAUGCUAUGAUAGCCAAUGCUUAUCUCUUCUUCCCACCUGUUGUCAACCCCAUUGUCUACAGCAUUAAGACCAAGGAGAUCCAUCGUGGCAUUGUCCGAAUGUUCUCAGAGAAAAGAGCCAGAGUUUAGA